AAAAAAAAAAGGACUCCCAAAUGACCUGGUCAUCUCAAGGAGCCUGUAAUGCAACCCAUAGUCAUAAAACAAAACAAAACACAAAAAAACAAGGGACAUCCCAUUUUCAAGUUCUCUGGGGGACCCACUCUCUGGUAAGGAAGCUACAGAGGAAUCCCUUCCCUGAGCCUUAGGAUUUAGGUUCCCCUGCCCAUCUAUCCCUCAGAGAAGUGUGUUUAUGUCCCUUUUUCUGUCCCUCUCCCUCUCAACCCCCCCACCCCAGCAUUCCAGCCCAGGGCAGGGGGAGGCCAGCAGACACAAAGCCCUCUGUGUAUGGGGUGGUAUGUGUCCCCCCCACCCCUCUACCCAGAGGACACAAUGCCCCUUCUGCUCCCUGUGCUCUGCCCCCCUCCCCACCACCUCUCAACUGCACAUGCCAGGCUGCAAUUGGUUACUGGCUCAGGACAGCCCCCUCAUACUGGCACCCCAGGGGAUUUUAAGCGGAUUCCAGGAACACCCCGCUCAGUUACUUGUCCCCCACUCUCCCAACCCCGCAGACGCUCCGGGCCCUAGCCCCUGGCCCAGCUAUGGCUCCUGGGGCUCCUUCAUCCAGCCCCAGUCCUAUCCUGGCUGCGCUGCUCUUCUCCUCUUUGGUGCUCCCCCCAGCCCAGGCCAUUGUGGUUUACACGGACAGGGAGGUCCACGGUGCUGUGGGCUCCCGGGUGACCCUGCACUGCUCCUUCUGGUCCAGUGAGUGGGUCUCAGAUGACAUCUCCUUUACCUGGCGCUACCAGCCCGAAGGGGGCCGUGAUGCCAUCUCGAUCUUCCACUACGCAAAGGGACAACCCUACAUUGACGAGGUGGGGACCUUCAAGGAGCGCAUCCAGUGGGUAGGGGACCCUCACUGGAAGGAUGGCUCUAUUGUCAUACACAACCUGGACUACAGUGACAAUGGCACCUUCACCUGUGACGUCAAAAACCCACCAGACAUAGUGGGCAAGACCUCUCAGGUCACACUCUAUGUCUUUGAAAAAGUGCCAACCAGGUACGGGAUAGUCCUGGGAGCCGUGAUCGGGGGAGUCAUAGGGGUCGUGUUGUUGCUACUCCUGCUUUUCUAUGUGAUUCGGUUCUGCUGGCUACGCAGACAGGCGGCCCUGCAGAGGAGGCUCAGUGCCAUGGAGAAGGGGAAGUUGCAUAAGGCCGCGAAAGACUCGUCCAAGCGCGGCCGGCAGACGCCAGUGCUGUAUGCCAUGCUGGAUCACAGCAGAAGCACCAAGGCGGCCAGUGAAAAGAAGUCCAAGGGGCUGGGGGAGUCUCGCAAGGAUAAGAAAUAGCGGUUAGCGGGCCGGGCGGGGGGUCGGGGGGCAGGUCCGGAGUCCACCAAAGGUUCUCAGGUGGUGGUCAUUGAGAUGGAGCUACGGAAGGAUGAGCAGAGCUCGGAACUCCGGCCUGCGGUCAAGUCCCCCAGCAGAACCAGCCUCAAGAACGCCCUCAAGAACAUGAUGGGCCUGGACUCAGACAAGUGACCACCCCCCGGGCCCUGCCAGAGCAGGGGGACCUGGGCUCCUCUUAGCCCCCGUCUAGGUGCUUUCCUCCUUAGCUCCCCAGCCCCCGCCCUGCCCUCAGCAGCCUUUGAGAUGUAAGUUUCAUUCCAAACUUCAUUCCCGGGCACUUCCUAUUUUCCCCCACCUUCCUUCCCCGGCUUGCUGGGAGCCCAGGGCCUGACCCUACCCUUCACCAGCCCCAAGGACUGUGUGUUUGGUGCCUGUCCCUCCGGCACCGAGAAGAAAGGGACCUUGAUACCCUGUGCCUCAACCCCAGGCCACCUGGCCUUUCCAUCCCUUGCACCACCCAGCGUGUCCCUCCCUCGCUUUCCUUUCUGACCCUCCCUCCCCUCCAUCAGGUGGCCCAGCUCCAUACUGUGUCCUCCCAGCUAGCUAACAUCCAGAUCGUCCAGAUCAGACUCUCCUUCAGGGUUUAUUUAGGUUGUUAGUUAUUUUUUAUUUUUUAAUCCAUUCUUUUUUGUUUGUUUGCCUGUACCCUCCCCCCAUGACUGAGUACCAAUGACGUCAUGUGGUUUUUGCAAUUCCCCACUCCCCAUUAUAGCCUUAAUGGAGAGCCAGCCCAAGCAGAGGGGCCCCUGAUGCUCAGUCCUCAACUACAGGAUUGGUGCCCCUGACCACUCUGGAGCACUGUUCUGGGACUCAAGGUCAUGGGGAAGGAGAGACAGAGAGAGGCAAAGAAUCCUCACAGGUCAGAGGAUUGAGGAGGGGCCAAAUAACCCUUAAGAAAUGGCUUUUAAGCAACCAAAGAGAAAGGAGAAACAAAUGGGAAAUGGGGGGGGGGAGGGGAGAGGCUGCACUCCCAGCCAUAGGGGAUUGUUAGGAUUUUUCUACAUUCUGUAUAUUUCUUCACAAACCCCCAGUGUCCUUAAAUGUUUAAUAAACACUGACAUUU